AUGAGACCGUCUAAGCGAGUUCAAUUUUUAAAAGAUGUUAGAAAUAAAAAAAUGCAAAAUGCAGAGAAUAAUGAAUUGUUUAGUGAUGAAGCUUCCGAAUGUGAAUCUUUAGGCAGUGAACUUUCAGGUGUUGAUUCUUCAGAUAAUGAAUCUCCAAGUAGUCAAUCUUCGAGCGAUGAAAAUGAUUGGGUGGAUGAACUCUUUGAACCCAAGUCAAACGCAUAUACUUUAAUGUUUGAUGCCGCCAAUAAACCUAAUGCAUUUGAAAAAACUUCUCGAAAUGGAUUUUAUAUUGGAAAUGCAAAAUCAACUAUUGUUAAUAAUAGCAAAAAUUCUUCUGAAGAAGAAACUUCUAAAUACACAUUGUCUGAAUUAGAACAAAAAAUAAAAAAUGGAACACAGGAUUUUCGGCUUCAAUAUACUGCACAAUACCUUCGGCUUGUAGAAUCGGGACUUACUAGAGCGCAAGCAAGUAAUACAAUUUCAACUUCGCUCAACCGUGGACCUUGGACUGCACGUUUAAUAAGAACUUGGGGUAAUCAAUAUACAAAAACUGGUACAAUUCAAGCUUCAAAACGGGGAAAACAUCAAAAAAUCCGGUCACUUUUACUUGAUGAAGAUAUUAAAAAUAAGCUUCUUGAAUAUUUAAGCUUUCAUAAGUUUAAAUUAAGCAUUCCUAACCUUUGUGACUAUGUUCGUGAUGAAAUAUUUCCAAGCGCUGCUUUUGCUGUUAAAAAAUAUAAAUCUCAUAGAAGAAUACCAAAUAAUAUACUAGAAGACCUGAAUAUUGAAUAA